UAUAUAACAUAGUAAUUAAAAGGUUUUGACAUAGUAAGGCAGUAGCUAGACGGGUUUACGUGUGGAGAAAAUUAAUUAAAAAUACCAAGAUGAAAUUCGCACUAUCCUUGGUUAUCCUAUCGGUGCUGGCCUUCAGCGAGGCUGGCCUGCUGAAGGGCCCCUCCGACGCCAACUCCUCCAGAGCCAACCUCAACCACGGCUCCAUCCAGCCUGGCGACCAACUGCUUUACAGAACAAUCUAUCGAAGAAAUGGCAUUGCCUGGACGGUCCAGACUCAUGACUUCGUCUACCAAGGCAACGAGACCACCAGUAUCAGUGCAGUGAUAUUCCAAGAGGUGGGCAACACCCAGCACGCGAACCCGAGGGUGAUCGCUGGAGGCAGGGGCUUCGACCACGUCACGGUGCGCGUCCAGACUGCUAGGGGAUGGGGAUUCACCUUCCAAGUCGACAUUUGGGGGCAAUAGA